CAAAGGAGGAUUUUUGGAAUCCAAGGCGAGGUGGGGGGGGAGAGGGCAGUAGAGUCUGCUGCUGCACUGACUCCUCUUGCACACCUCAGGCUGAUCUGACAGAAUAACAAGCAUGCGUCUGUCAUGGGGAUUAGUGGCCGUUUGCAUCUCUUGCAUGCUGUGUGGCGUAGAGCUUAGGAAUGGAGAGGACAUCGAUGUGAGUUAUGCAGACUCCUACUACAAUGACAUUUCAGAAGAUGACCCCUCAGAAGCGGUGACCCCCACGGCAGCACCCUGUGCUACCCGGGACCUGAGCAGGUGGGACAAGCUCUUCAUCAUGCUGGAGGACUCUCACAUGCGACAAAACAUGCUCCUGCAGCACGUGGACGACAUGGUCCGAGUAAAGCUCCGGUCCCUGAGGGACGAGAUGAGGCGCCUGUCGGCGGACAACAGCGGGGCCUGCGCCAACGCCCUGGAGGGCACCUGCGCGGGGCUAGGCGAGCAGGUGAGCCGAGGCUUUGAGCGCAGCCAGCGGCAGCUCCGGGAGGCGGAGGAGAAGUGCCAGACGCAGCACAACGCCACGCGCCACCUGCUGCAAGACGUGCAGAGGGCUCAGGCUACCUGCCUGGCGAAGCUGGAGAGCAGGCACGGGCACAGGGGGACUCUGGGACAGGUGCCCAUGAAGACUCUGCCAACACAUCCCAAGGAGCAGGAUGCGACAUCUGCAGAUGGAACCAAGAUGGAGAGGACUCUCCUGGCCAUAGCCUCAGACCUACAGAGAGUGCAGGCACAGUUAGUAGUCUUCCAAAGGUCAUUUGCCUCUCGUUACAUACCCUCAGGCUGUGAGAUGGCCAUGUUUUUCCCCAUGCGCUCUCAACAGGCCUUUGCCACAGUGAGGCCCAACACACCGAUGUCCUUGCGCUCCUUCACAGUCUGUCUCUGGGCCAAAGUGACAGAGUCCCUCAACAAGACUGUGCUCUUCUCCUACGGCACCAGACAGAACCCUCAGGAGCUCCAGCUUUUCCUGUCGGGCCGAUCGGUGCACUUCACUGUCGGCGGGGAGUCUCAGCUGGUGGGGGCCCAGAGCGAGGCAGACUCAGGUCAGUGGUGGCACUGCUGUGGCGCGUGGAGUUCCAGCCAGGGCCUGGCUUCCCUGUGGGUCAACGGGCAGCAGGUUGCCCGCUCCUCUGGGGUGGCAGAGGAGCAUGUCUUGCCUGGGGAUGGCACAGUGGUGCUGGGGCAGGAGCGGGGAGGUCCCGGCCUGGAGAGAGAGAUUGACCCGAUGCUGGCCUUCACAGGCAAGAUGACGGGGGUGAAUGCUUGGGACCGUGUCCUACCUGCAGAAAGAAUCUCACAGGGGGCAAGGCCAGAUGGCUCAUGUGAUGGCCGUGGAAAUGUGAUUGGCUGGGGCGUCUCGGAGAUGACACUGCAUGGCAGUGUUCAAUACAUCAACUGACUGUCUUUCCAUGGACAUAUCCGGGGAAAAGGACUUUGGUGGACAGAUCUCCUUUGAGGGUUCAUAUUUAUUGCAAUAGAAAAGGAAAUUAAGAAUUACCCAUUUAAAAUCCCUUUAUAACCCAGAUAAUGGUCCUCACAAGACCUUAAGUUAUAACCUGGGUAACGGUGGACUUGCCAAUGUAUUAUUUACUAGAUAAAUUCACCAACAUAUUUUCAUCAGCCUUUCAAAGUAACUCAAAAUGUAUGCUUAUGAUUUAGACCGUUAUUCCAGUCUCCACAAGAUUUGGAUUCCCCUCAACUCUAUGAUACUGAUGUGCAUUAUACAAAAUGGAUUGCGAUUCAAUUCUGUGGUCCUUAAAAGGGUCCUAAAUUUGAAAAUGCAAAGGAGCAUAUAGCCUAAUGAGCAAACAGAAAGACUUCCUUGAUGUUAGUUUUAGUGUACUAUGAAAAUGAACGAAAAAGAAAA